UGAGCGAAGUGUUCGUCGUGUGUUGUUACUGACAAAUUAAUGUUAUUUCACGUUAUUUGUCGAAGGUAGAAACUCUUUUUCCAAAACUAAAUUGUGUAUGUAAGCAUAAUUUAACCAAGAAUAGUCGGAUCGAAUUGGAAUGUAAAUUGAGGGCGGUAGAUCGAUAAACGUCACAUGCAUGAUUGAAUGUUCACGAUUCAAUCAUUCGUUGAGUGUAUAACUGGUUAAGAAAGUUGUCGACCUGAUUACAACAGACAGGAAAGAAACAUUCUUAGAUAGCCUACCCAGCUUAUUUCCAGCAGAUUCUUCAAAAGUGCCUUGACUGACUCGACGAGUUUGAUAUUCUAGCCUAAAAUGGGUUAGAAGUCAAAGACUACCAGACUAUUUUCAAGUUCAAGAUGUUUGGCAGAAAAGGAUCCAUGGAUGAGAUGGAGGCAGCCAAGUUAGCCUCCCUCAAGCACUAUCUUAGUCGGGAGCUCUCAUCCUCCAUCAAAAAGCUUCAAAAGGACCACAUCUCAUCCGAUUCAGCAAUACGAAGUGGGGAAACGGCCAAUAAAAUUUGCAAUCUGAUCGAGGCUGUGUUCCUGCAUCACCUCAAGGAAUCUUACAGCAGUAAAACUCCUUGGCCGUUUCUGAUGAAGUUCACCCACAAGGAUGUGGUAUCCCAGCUGAAGGGGCUCUCUCACGUCAACACAGAGGUUGGCUACUGCAGGGCUUGGGUAAGACUUGCCUUAAACGACGGCCUCAUGGAUAGCUACAUGGACGCCAUGUUGUCUGAUAUGAAAGUGAUACAGAAGUACUACAAGAGAACAUCGUUCCUGCGUGACUCUGAGGAACCGCAUAUUAUGAAAAACUAUCUUCAAGGUUUGGUCAAUUUCACCUUCCAGUUAUCCUUCAACUCCUCCUUGCUCAACGUCUGGGGAGCAGCCCCGAUGAUCUUGGCUGGUUCUUGGGAAACACCCAGAGAGAGAACUCACAGCAUCCCCAACUCUCCCAAGAGAAUCGUCACAGGGGGUCCUCCGCUAGGCAUUCAUCAGGCGGACAGACCAACCCAAGACCUUCUGAUCACCAGAACCAAAGGCGAUGAUAUCCGCCCACAGCGAGACAGGGCCUUGUCAUUUGAGGAUAGCUUCCACGAGUGUGAGAUUAGCAGCGCCCUCCUGCGCAGCCCCUCAGAAGAUGGACCCGCCCUGUUGAGAAUGGGUGGGCCCACCAUUUCCACUGACACGGACCCUACCAUGCAUGAAAACAGGGGUGUUCCUGCAUUGGGAGGGGACCUGCCUGAGAUUCGGCAGGACAGCUAUGAGGACAGUAUCGUGAUUCACAUGGUAUCGGAAUCCCCAGUAGACAACGCAACCUCGGAGAUCAAAAGUGACAAAGUUGAAACAGUCUACCAAAGCACAGAUGAAAACAAAACCAAAGAAUUUGAAUUUAAAACGGACGAAAAACUACAAGAUGGAAUGGCUGAACGUUCUGACAUCAGUGAACCAAUGAGCAGGGAACCAGUUAACCCAUUUGAUGUCCCAGAAACUGAAAUUCACGACUCAGAGGCCAACAUCUACAAUGCCAAGGAAAGUUCUGGUGAAAUCUCUGAAAUGCCCAAAGAUGACCUCCAAAAUGGAGAACAAGAGGGCGCUGUUGAACCAGCCCAACCACCAAAGGAAGUAGUCAAGGAAACCCUUAAAGAGGACACCAAUGAGGAAGCUCAUGAGCGUGUCCAUGGCAACAGCCUUGGCGCUAUGAGUGGCUGGUCGUCGGAGUUCCAGAAUCAACUUUCUCCGGAUACGCCAAGCAACGAAUCAAUUCCUGUAGUAGUUUCUAAAACAAUUAGUUACAGCUCUAUGUUACAGGAAUACACUCUGCAAGGCCCCCAGCCCCCGACAUCAUUCCCUGAGACCUUGCCUACACGCCCAGACAACCGACCAGCACCGCUUACAGAAGGGGCUUUAUCUUCUCGUGCCCGCAAACCCUCCGACCUUGACGACUUGCCCGCUGACUUUGAGGUAAUUCCUUUAAGUACCUCACCAACAUCUCAAUAUGCUGACGCUAGAACGCAGUCUUUACUCACCAUGGUUACAGAGCUCGGACGAGAGAAAGGUCUGGACAAACAGAACUACCAGUGUAGAGGCUGCUCCAGACCGGUUGGAAUUAUUUACGGCAAGGCACGGGUGUGCAGCUAUGAUGGCAACUGCUACUGUUACGACUGUCAUAAGGACGAUGAGGCAGUCAUCCCAGCUAGGAUACUCUACAACUGGGACUUCCGUAAACAUAAAGUUGCUGUUCACACCAAGUUAUUCCUGCAGCAGAUAGAGGAGAUGCCGUUGAUUGAUCUCAAGGAAUGCAACCUCUCGCUCUACAAAGCCUCUUCAGAACUUGCUAAUGUCUUGACGGUACGGACUCAGCUGAAAUACCUGAAAGCAUACCUGUUCACCUGUAAGCAGUCGGUCGCUGAGGGACUACGCAAGAAAAUCUGGCCGCGGGAGUACAUGCUAGACCAUGUACAUCUAUACUCAGUCAUGGACUUGCUGCAAGUGCAAUCCGGUACAUUGCUUCACUUCCUGAGGAAAGUUAUCGUCUUUGCAGCCAAGCACGUCCAGCAGUGCGCCCUCUGUAGUCAGAAAGGGUUCAUCUGCCUGAUCUGCGAGAGCCCCAAGAUCAUCUAUCCGUUUGAUACUGAUCUUACCGUCAGAUGUGACACCUGUAAGACCGUCUUCCACAAGGCCUGCAAGUCCGACGUGACCCCUUGCCCUAAAUGUGAGCGACGGCUUCUCAGAAAACAGCAACUGCAGACGUCGCCGCAGGAUCUAGACUUUGCUUCACCGUUCACGUAACCAGAACAAAAUAAAGUCAAAUUGCACAACAGUUAACAGGUGGCACUGGUACCCGUGCCGUAGAAACCAGCUAUGUUAUUAUCUGAUCUUAAAUUAAAAUAAUGAAUUAAUGUUUUAAUCGAGUCCUCACAAAGUCCACUCACAAGCUAUUCAAAUGGAAGUGUCUAAGACAUUCCUUUAUCAUAUUUUACUCAGAGUAACUUGCUAAUUGACUUGUGAUAGACUCCACUACAAAUGAGGUCGGAAGUAUAAAGGAAAAUAUAUAUACAAGUUUACCCCCCCCCAUAAAAAAAAUCAACACAUUGAAUGUCAAGUUAAUUCUGAGUUUUCUAGGAAGUUAUUUGUGCACUUUAAGUUUUAAAGCCUUAGGCACACCCAUUUGUUUUAACCCUUUAGUAUAUUAUUUGAUAUUUUCGAGGUUGCAUUAACAUUGUCCAACAAUAGGCUCCAUUGUUCUAAAGUGACCGUGGGAAGUGACCAUCGUAAACUGACCACUGGAAACCAGCAGUGUUAUAUGUCUGCACCAAGCCCUAAUCCUGCACCUAUUGUAAUCAAAGUUGGUGUUUUCUUUCACCUCUGGUCUUACUCGUCCUGGCCACAGUGUGGUUGCUUUUCAUUGGAGGUUAUGUUGUUGUAACUGGUAUAUCUAAAUAUUUGUGUUUCCGGUGUUUUUUAACAUGGUUCAUUCUUGUCGCAUGGCAGAAUUGUAAACAAAAAGGUCAGUCCAUGUGUAAGUGUAACCAGUUUGAAACAGUUAAAGGUAAUAUACAACAUUUGCAAACAUCAAAAAACAAAACCACCAAAUUAUUAUGAAAUACCUUAUUUGACUGUAAGUGAAUGAUAGUCUCAAACAUCCUGUGAAAUCAUGGCACCUGGUGUGCUGUCACUUUCACGAAAAGUGGAAUUUUUUAUCAAUUUCCAAUGAUGGUCGGCCAACCAUUGUUGGAAAACAAAACAGACGUUUUUCAAAUAUCGCCCCCAAUUUAGCAAAUUUUAGGUAGUCUACAUUUUGUUUGCAAUCAGUUACACAUCCAUGAACGGGUGAAGGCAGCUAGUCUGGUUCCCUGACUCGACAAUUCCGGACAUCUAUAAAUUGCUCUGUUUCAUCCGCAGUAGGGUCAUGGAACCAGACUACAAGAACAGCAUUUUCUUUUCUUAGUUUUUCCAGCAUCUAAGAACACAAACUUGUAAACAGUUCAGUGUAACAAUAUUUGUUGUGAAAUACUAAACCUAAAAUCCAUCCAUUACAGAAAAUUACAGCAAAAGCAAAUGUGGUUUAUUACCUUUAAGCACAGACAUUAACUAGGCACAAAAAAAUGUUUGCUUUGCACCCAAAAUGUUAACAGCAAAACAAAAUAUGAUUAAGCAGACAAUUUGUUUCCUCAUGUAAAUGUUCUAAGCCAGUAGUUUCUGCUUACCAUUAUUUUGUAAGUCUUAAUUCUACUAAGUUAUUAUUCUUAGACAACUACAGUAUUGUAACAAGUUGAAUGAAUGUAAACCAAUAUAAUAAUAACAGUAUUUACCUAAUACCAAUAAAAAAAAAUACAAAGUAAUUUAUACAAACUAAAAAGCACACAGAGAGUGCAAACAUCUGCCAAGGCUGAAGAACUCCCAGUCAUAUCGUCAGUACACCCAAAAGAAAUACUGGUAUAAAUCGUGAAGAAUCCUUCAAACAAAUCCUGGAUCCAGAUCCCGAUCACUUCCAAAAUCGAAUCGAUUUGUACUUGUACCAAGGACCACCCCUAAAAAUAAUUCUUGCAAAUCCGUCCAUAACUCCUUGAGUUAUCUUGUUAUCAGGUAAACCAACAAACACACCAACCAACAAAUUAACCAAAUUCGAUGAAAACGUAACCUCCUUGGCGGAGGUAAUAAAUGAAAUUUCUUCACCAAAAAUUUGCUUUUUUACCCAAACAUGGCCAGACUGCUAAUAGGUGAUUAGUUUGCAGUAUGACUAGGAAGAACUUCAAAAGUGUGUGGCAACGAUUUAUGUAGUUUGUGUUGGUCAGCCGUAAUCUUUUAAUUUAUUUUGGAAAAACAAACAUUCCAUGGAUUUCAAGCUAUAUCAUGUAGUAGUACCUCUCUGGACAAUAAGUGCUGAUUUACAUAAUUUCUGCACUUUAGUGCUACAUCUAUGAAAAAUCCAUUGAAAUUACUGUGCACUAGUGUCUUGUUAUGCAAUAUUUUCUAACUUUUAAUUUAUGAACUUUUAAUUUAUUAAUCUUGUAAUAUUAAGUGUGAGGAAAUUACCAUUGAUGGCUGUUUAUUGUUAAUCAGGCAAAUUGUACAAAAGCUGUAAAUAUUACUUGGAAUAAAACAAAAUGAGAAAAAUA